GAUGAAUAUAAAGGGUCGUCCGAGCCCGAGCCAUCAUCGAUGUUUGAGAGUGCUUGGGACGAGUACAAUCUGGACGCGAAUCGAAAGCAACACGAGAGUGAUUCAAAUUAUGAGAUUGAUCAUGGCGAUCCGGAGGCGGAAACUCGUCCGGGCACCAAGCGCCCCGCAUUUCCAGAGUUCGUGAGUCAGGAUGGAUCGAAGAAGAGUAGAAAAGAAGAACAAGGUUGCCCUGGGGAUGAUGGAGGUGCUGAUUUGAAUAGGGAGGCCCAACACCAACACUCAGCUUCACCUCACUCACAUAUCGAUACAACCGUCAAAAUGUGUAUUGUAAAGGAAGUCACCCUGGCGCGAGACGAGACCAAGGUAUCUGUUGCGGGCUGGAUGCACCCUGUGGAAAGGCGGAGGUUUAAGGACUGCGGACAAGAAGACUGCUUUGACUCCACGCACUGCACUGAUAAGCGAGCUAAGGAUCUUAAGGAAGUUGAAGACUGGAAGCCAGCGGACGGAUAUGAUUACGAAGGCGGGGAGGAGGAUCGGCAGAGGCAUGAGCGGGAGGAGGAGCAGAAGGAGCAGGAGGAGCAAGAGCAGAAGGAGCAGGGGAAGUAA